AUGGCUGAGCAAAAGGCCCAGUGGAGGACACUGACGGUCCCCAUGACGAUUCAUGUGUCAGCCGAAGCCGACCUCAUCCACGAUGCACUGUUCCCGAUCCUGAAAUCUCAGCUGUCCGAGAUUAUGAGUGUGCCCACCCCCUUGGUGUACAACCAAGAUUUGGAGGCGAACUACACCUUGGUCAAGGAAUAUAUUCUGGAAAUGGAAUGGGGACGAGUGGAGGGCGCCCGCUUCCGGAGCAUGCUGACCCACCUGACAAAGAUCUUGAAGAAGUCGGACAGUGCCAGGCUCCCACGGGUGGACGUGCUGAAGCGCAUGUGGAGGCUCAAGGUUUCGGACAUGAGCAGUCCUUCGGAUGCUGCAGCUCCGGCCGACGACCAGGAUGAUCAUGAGGAGCCCGAUGAGUCCCUGCAGGAAGCCGACAAGCUUGCGGCAGUGCUGAAAGAUCUUCAUGAGGAUCCGGAGCCUGCCAAAGUCCCGGGCAGCCAAGCGGAUCGGGAACCAUUGAUACGGUGCAGAGAAGCUCCCCCCCCGGAUUUCAUGGAUGCAAGUGGUACCCACAAGCGCUAUGACCACAUCACGGCUGCACAAGAUGUUGUUCGUACUCGUAUCCGAGAGGCUGCUGCAGCUGCCGAAGAGGGCCGCAUCCAGAAAAGGAAGCGGACUGGUGGUCGGCGUGGUUUCAAGAUCACGAAUGGCGAGCAGGAUGCACCAGCCAAGGAGGAUCGUGAUGAUGAUGAUGAUGGUGUGGAGGCUCAUGAGCCUAAGCCCCCAGUGCAAAAGCGCAACACACGAUUGAACAAGCUGAUGAAGAAGGGUGGUGAGGCUGAUAAGGAUGCAGCCCCAAAGGCUAAGGCGAAGGCAUCCCCCAAGAAUUCCAAGGCAAGAGUCUCCCCAAAGAAGGCCCAGGCCAUCAGCAAGAGGCUCGAGAAGGCUCAGAUCAUUUUCGAGACCCUGAAGAAAGAAGAUCUCCCGGGCCUCCAGCUUCCCGAAGAGAUGAAGAAGCAGAGCUUUACUGUGUACAUGAGCGGGAAGAAGGAGAAGAAGGGCUCUUCCUCUACAAGUGGCAUCCAAGUCAUCUUGCGUGCAGAGUCAUUCUAUGUCAACCAGGUUUUGCAGGAGGUGCCAGGCUUCAUCACAAUGGAUGGAAAAGGUGUGGCAGCAGCUGAGAAGCCUUCACCUGGAACGAGGGCCAAUGGAGAGAUUCAUCUUGUCGACUACAUGACAGAGUAUCUGGACAGAGCUGGCAUCAAGCGAAGCAGGGACCUGGAAGCUGUGGAGAUGUUUUGUGGGGUUGCCAGCAUUGUCAAGGCUUUCAAAAAGCAAGGCUACGAUCGCGGAAGGGACGAGGUUCUCGAAGAUUUGGGAAAUACGCAAGGCUUUUUGCGGGCUUUGGCGUUGGUAUUACGGCUACAACCCGGCGGAUUACUAUUCGCUGGAUUGCCGUGCAAUACAUUCGGCUUCAUGAGCCAGUCCGUGCACUGUCGAUCCGCUACAUCCCCUUUCGGUGCCAAUGUUCCGUGCGUUGUGGUCGGAAACCUUCUGGCGAGUCGAACGUGUCUUCUGUUUUUGGUCGCACUGAUCAGGUCUGCUUGUUGGGCCCUCGAGAAUCCUUCGCAAUCCAAAGUUCCAUGGUUUCCGUAUUUGAAGCGGUUUAUGGGGCUGCCUCUCUUUACACAUGCGCAAGUGUUCUGGUGGUGGCCUCAUUUGUAUUAUUGCUACUGA